UUUAGAUAUUUUGAUUUCUGCUAAAGUAAGGAAAGCUGUCUGCUACGAAAAAAAAUAAAAAGCUUUACAGAGAAGAAGAUAGGCGCAAGAACACUAAACACGGAAGCGACUUAUCUCAGCAAAGGAAGAGAAUUUGAUUUCGAUCAAACAUCUAGUUUUCCAAUUUCAUCUCCCAUAGGUUGUGUUGUUACUAGGAAGGAGAUGGCAGUUUAUGACCAGAGUGGAGAUAUAAAUAAAACUCAGCUCGAUACAUCGAGGAAGAGAAAGUCGAGAAGUAGACGUGAUGGUACUACUGUGGCUGAGAGAUUAAAGAGGUGGAAAGAGUACAAUGAUACUGUGGAAGAGGCUUCUACCAAGAAAAGGAAAGUUCCUGCUAAAGGUUCGAAGAAGGGUUGUAUGAAAGGUAAAGGAGGACCUGAGAAUGGUCGUUGUAGUUUCAGAGGAGUUAGGCAAAGGAUUUGGGGUAAAUGGGUUGCUGAGAUUAGAGAACCCAAUCGUGGCAGUAGACUUUGGCUUGGUACUUUCCCUACCGCUGAAGAAGCUGCCUCUGCUUAUGACGAGGCGGCUAAAGCUAUGUAUGGUCCUUUGGCUCGUCUCAAUUUCCCUCCGUCCGAUGGGUCUGAGGUUACGAGCACCUCGAGUCAGUCUGAGGUGUGCACGGUUGAGACUCCUGGUUGUGCUCAUGUAAAAACAGAGGAUGCAGAUUGCGAAUCUAAACCACUCUUUGGUGAAGCUAACCCGAUGUGUCAUCUGGAGAGUGGUGCAGAUGUGAAUAAGAAAGACGUGAAGGCAGAUGUCGACUGGCUUAGUGAGUUCGAAAAUAACUAUUGGAGCGAUGUUCUGAAAGAGAAAGAGAAAGAGAAAAAGGAGCAAGAGAUUGUAGAAACCUGUAAGCAACAGCCGGAUUCCCUCUCUGUUGCAGACUAUGGUUGGCCCAAUGAUCUGGAUCAGAGCCACUGGGAUCCUUCGGAGAUGUUAGAUGUUGAUGAGCUACUAGGUGACAUAAAUGGCGACUUGUUUACGGGCUUGAACCACGACCAGUACGCAGGAAACAAUGUUGACAUAGGAUCAUUCAAACCCGAGAGGCGUCAAGGCGGAUAUCAAUCGCUGCAAAGUCUCGACUAUGGAUUACCUCCGUUCCAGCUUGAAGCAAAGGAUGGUAAUGGGUUCUUUGACGACUUGAGUUUCUUGGAUCUGGAGAACUAAACUAAACAUUGGGCUUUCCGAUUUGUUAUUUGGCGUAAUCCCACAGCGACUGUUGAUUCUCUAUCUGAGUUUUAGUGAUAUAGAGAACUUCAGAGGACUGAGUACCAUGUUUUUCUUAUGAAAGUGAACUGUACAUAUUUUUCAGACAGUGAUCUGACAAAAGAGAAGACAGCUAUGGUUUGUUAGUCUGCUUCUCUUACUAGUUGUUCGUUUUGUUUUCUUGUGUUAUAUAUAUAAUGAUAACAGAAAUAAAACACACUUGUUAAGCUUUAUGGGGGCUUAAUGAGUCUACCAAA